UAGCAUGAGAUGCCAGAUUAGACAUAUUGUUAUAGGAUUUUAAGUUUUAUUUCAUCCCAAUAUAUUAAAAAUCUGCUUUACUGUGAGAUCGAAAUUAAAAAUUAUCCGAGAGAGGAAUUCAAGAAGAAGAUUCUAAGAAAGAUCAUUAUUUACAUGCAGAGAGGCUAUUAGUAUUUCUCUCGAUCUAAGAAUUUUGGUAUUAUUUACUUCUGUUAAUUCUCAGCCAUCAAAUGGAGCAAAAUAGUGAACCUGGCUUUAUUUCUCACAUAUUUGAAGAUACACUGCUAGAUGUGCCAGUGACUUUUCUCCUUCUGAAGAUGAAAGAAUGCCUUUUUAUUUGGGUUGGUGAUCAAGGAAACUUUGACUCUCUUGCUGUUGCUAUGAAUACACCUUAUAGUAAUAUUCCUAUCUGUUCUUCAGUUAUGGGAUAUUUUGCUGAUGAUGAUAGUUGUUCUUUAGCAUUAAAACUUAGUAAAAGAACAAAUAAGCAAAUUUUUGCUAGUUACAAUCUAGCAACUAAUAAUAAUAAACUUAAUAUCUUAGUGCAUGACAGGAUAAUAAAAGAAUUGACAGAGCAUCCUGAAAAGUUUUGAAAAUAUUUUUAAUAAUGAACAAAUUAAAAUAAUGUGUUUCGUCAACCAUAUGGAUGAAUACUCAUAUACAGGAUAUGAACAACAGCAGUUUGUAUAUAUGUGUAUAAUCACAUACUACUUAAAAAUUAAUUUUAAGAAUUAGAAUCUUGUAAUGUUUUAUUUAUGCUUAUCAUUUCCAUGUGGUAUUAAUAAUACAAUAAAUAUUAAUUUCAGAGUUCAUAGAGAUGAAAGAAAAUGUAAACAGCUAAGCUGAUAUUUUUAGCAGCUCAAGUUAUGUCUAAACCAAAAUGUAUUGAUUUUCACUGCUCAUUGUGAAUCUAAUACUGUACUAUGUAAAUAAUAAUUUUGAUUUAAAUAUGAAAAACAGAAUUUUGUUUAAUAUUUUAUUAUUAUUAAUGUUUUUAUAUUACAUGGUUAUGGUUUUUUAUAAUUCAGACGAAUUCUUGAUGAAUAUGUAGAGAUAUGCUUCAACCAGGAAUCAAAUCUGGAAUGUCUUAGUUAUCUGAGAAGCAUGCUUUCACUUCACUAUCAAAACUAAUGCUUACUCAUUUUUAAUUUCUCUUGAAACAUAUCAAGUUUAUUUUUACCACUUUUCCAUCAUACCCAAUACGCCCUAAAAGAAGAGAGAGGGGUGACUUUUUUUAGGACCAAGGCGUUUGGUUACGAAGUACCUUUGCAAAUUAAUUGCAAUUAUCUCCACAUCAUAAUUAAGAAACACAAAUUAAAUAAGAAUAAGCAUUAUCUAAAGAGUAAAGAAACAGAACUGUUACAAUUUUUAGAGGAAAAGGUCAAUUCAUGAAACAUCAGGCCUUUUAUGUUUUGAGAAACGUAUUUAAUACCAUGAUCUUUUUUGAGCCUUCAUUAAUGUAGCCAUAUAUCAAUGCAUCAGUAAGUUUUAGUAUAAUUUUACAUGGAUAGUUAAACCACUGUAAGCUGGUGCUGGAUUCAUAUAAUACUUUGUAUAUUAUGUCUCACAAGUGUUUCAGUGCUUCUUCAUAUUAUUAGAAAAUUAUGAAGUCCAAAUCAUGGUAGUAAAGUUAGUGGAAUGUCUCUCAAUUUAUUUUGCAAGUCUUUUUAAAUUUUGCAACAUAUAUUUGGUCUACUGGAAACUUCUCUCCGUUCCUAUGACAACAAUUUUCAAUACGUAAGCGCAUGUUUAUUUGGCGCUUGUUUGGCUCUCUAUUUUUAUCGCUUAUUGUAUAUAUACUGACAUAGCAAAUUAACUAAAAAGUGUUGAUUCAAGUUAGUCUUAAGUGUGAAUGGCGAUAGUGUACUAUUGAUAAAGUUCAUUUACGCCACUGUAUUUUAUAUGAAUUUUAACAAGGAAGAAAUGCUAAAGAAGCAGGUAGAAAUUUAUUGAAAGUGUUUGGUGAACAUGCAGUUUCUGAUAGGAUAUGCAGAAGAUUGUUUGAAAAAUUUGAAAGAGGUGAUUUCGACCUUUUUGAUAAGCCACAAUCUUUGAUUGACGAUGAUGUUGUUGAGACCAUACUGAAGUGAGAUCCUUUUCUGACAACAUCGGAGAUGACAGAAAGGCUUAAUUCAGCUCUUUAAACCAUUUUGAACCAUAUUCGGAUAUUUGCAUAAUUUUGAAUAAAUUUAUCGUAUAUAUUUAUACGUCCUAAAAAUCUUUGUAAUUCUUAAACAUUUUUAUGGGUUUCUAAUUUUUUAAUAAACUAAAUAUUUGCAUUA